CACACACACACACACACGGGCGGGGCGCGCUGCCACAACGUCACACAGAGGGUUUGUACGGGGGGAUGUUCUUUCUGAGAAACGAAACUCUUGCAAACGAAGGGAGUGCUUCCUCUCUGGAUUCCUCUGAGCUGCACUGAACACACCUGCACUGCUGCCAACUGAACGCAUUGAACAGUCAUAAUGAAUCCGCAAGGCUACGACCUCAGGCAAUUCUUACAAUCUAAAAGAAUGAAGCGCUGCCCCAAUCAGACAGGACCCGUUUCUGUUACUGAAUCUCCUCUGAGAUCACUACACCAUUCCCAACCACAAAUACCAGGACCCAGCGGUGCUGAGAACGACGGGGCGGGUUUUUCCAGGACCGGACCCAGCAGUACCGCUCAAUCUCCGGACACCUCUGCACAGAACCAGGGUCGGACCGGACCGAGGAAGAGACUGAAACCUGCCAAACCCACUAUUGUCGUUAAGAAUCCGCUGGAUAAUUUGCAAGACUACGAGCUCAGGAAAUUGUUAAAAUCUAAAAGAAUGGAGAUCUGUUCCAUUGAAGACCCCUUUCUGUUACUGGGCCUCCUCCGAGAUCGCUACAUCAUUCCUGAGGACAAAUACCAGGCUAUAACCGCACUGGAAGACAGAAGUGAGCGCUCCAAAGCCCUCUACAGACUGCUGAAAGAGAUGGAUGGCACAAUCAGUCCAACGAUCCGGGUUUUUUGGAACGUCCUGUUUGAGGAUUAUAUCCUGAGUCAGUACCCCCAACUCCAGCAUCUCUACGACAGCCUCUCCAGAUGUGACGAUAGCAAAACCAAACCAUUGGUGUUACACACAAGAGUGCCCCCCACAGUGACAGCACAGCACAGUGUGAGGAAGCAUUGUGAAGCACAGAGAGAGAACGUCGGAGAUUUCAGAUUUUCUGAACAGAGCGACUCGGAGGGAGCCGGUACAAGCAGCUUGAAACGAGAUGCGGAGACGCACGCGGAGGGUUCACCCGCUAAACGAGUCCGUCAAGACAACAAAUCCCUCAAGAAAACCCGCCCUCUUCCGACUGUAAAAAGUCCAGACUUCGCGGCGGUGAGACAGGGAUUAUCCAAAAUGAAAAAGGACCUGGACACAGUGAAGAGAGAACGGGACACAGUGAAGGGAGAACUGACCACAGUGAAGGGAGAACUGACCACAGUGAAGGUAGAACGGGACACAGUGACGAGACAACUGACCACAGUGAAGGGAGAACUGACCACAGUGAAGAGAGAACUGACCACAGUGAUGAGAGAACGGGACACAGUGAAGAGAGAACGGGACACAGUGAAGAGAGAACGGGACACAGUGAAGAGAGAACGGGACACAGUGAAGAGAGAACGGGACACAGUGAAGAGAGCACGGGACACAGUGAAGGGAGAACGGGACACAGUGAAGAGAGCACGGGACACAGUGAAGAGAGCACGGGACACAGUGAAGGGAGAACGGGACACAGUGAAGGACGUGCCUUUGAAUAAAAUAUCUGCAGAGAGGGAAAGACAUAUUUACUCUGCCAACGUCGGCAGAUGCGACCAAUACGCGCUGCAGAUAUUUAAAUCCUUAGUGAAUCCCGAUAUCCUGCGCCAGUGGGCGGGUCAUGUCAAUUACAAGGGAAAGAAAGGGAGAAAAGGCGUGCCUCGAAACGUGAUUAAUGCCGUGAACGCGCGUCUCGGCCGAAGGUUUCCUGGAAUCGGAAAGAUGGAGGAACAAGCUAUCAAUAACCAGAUUAAUGGAUUUCUGCGAAGGCCCAGCACGGCUUCCCAGCGUUAAAAAAUAAUUCCUGUGCGUGCGUCAGCUGUUGUCUCCGUGCGUGUAAACAUUCUGCAGACGGGAUUAAGAGUCUGAAUACCCGUUAAGUGACGUUUUAAUGAUUUUUAAUUUUCUCAUAAUUGUAUCGUGUGCGUGUGUGUGCGUGUGCGUGUGUGUGUGUGUGUGUCCGUGUGUGUGUGUGUACGUGUGCGUGUCAGUGGGUGUGCGUGUGCGUGCGUUCGUCUGUGCGUGUGUGCGUGUGUGUGCGUGUGUGUGUGUGUACGUGUGCGUGUCAGUGGGUGUGCGUGUGCGUGCGUUCGUCUGUGCGUGUGUGCGUGUGUCAGUGUGUGUGCGUGUGUGUGUGUGGGUGUGCGUGUGCGUGCGUUCGUCUGUGUGUGUGUGCGUGUGUCAGUGUGCGUGCGUGCGUGCGUGCGUGUGUGUGUGUGUGUGUUUUGUUUCCACUGUUAAAGUGACGCUGCGACGCGCCAGUUUUGAAACAGGAAUGUCUCGGGGGACGGGGUGUUUAAUGAUAGUUUAAAUUCAGAUUUUAUUAUUAUUAUUAUUAUUAUUAUUAUUAUUAUUAUUAUUAUUAUUUAAGGUUUUGCGUACAGCGGACGUGACUCCAGCUGCCUCGAAUCUGUGUGCGUCACUCUGGCUGCGCACAGACUCGGAUCACGUGACGUGCGUUGCGUUUAGAAUCCCGCAAUCGUGAUGUCAUAUUCUGGACCAAUCGCGUCUUUAGAAUCCAGUGCCUUCAUUUUAACACGCAAGCGUCCGCUUCACAACACCGGGUUAAAUCGCUCAGAAACAUCUAUUUGAACCCUGAGCAGCGGACGCGCACGGCGUUCAAAAUGCAUAGAAUUAUUUUGAUAGCUACAAACCUUUUAUAUUUUUAGAUAUAUAAAAAAAUGCAUAGGCCUGUAUAUGUGUUAUCACACUGUUAAUAAGAACAUAAGAAAGUUUCCAAACGAGAGGAGGCCCCAUUCAGCCCAUCUUGCUCGUUUGGUUGUUAGUAGCUUAUUGAUCCCAGAAUCUCAUCAAGCAGCUUCUUGAAGGAUCCCAGGGUGUCAGCUUCAACAACAUUACUGGGGAGUUGUGAUCGCUGGAGGGGUAGAUUUAUACACGCAUAUAAUCAUACAAGUUAUAUAUUUCACAAUACAUGUGUGUAUUUAUAGAAAAAUGCAUGUGUGUGUUUAUAAACAUGUAAUA